AUGGCAGAAGAAGCGCCUGCACCAGGGACUGCUGUCAUUGUUGAAGCUCCUGCAGCAGUCGCGAACCCAGUUUCCGGUAAAAGUACUCAUGGCGAGAAGCAGGAUAAAUCCGAAUUUGAGAUCAAGAAAGAUCAGCGAUUGCCUGAUUCUCAGCUGACAGUUCAAAUACCCCGUGAACAUCCCUCCUACGAUCAAUUCAUCGCCAAAGUUGUCGACGUUUCUCCAUCGAUAGAUCCAUCAAUUCGAGACGUGAAAUAG